UGAGUUGAUGUUGUUGUGGUGCUCUUGUGCUGUCGGAUCGUCUGUGAGAAACACGCAGAUGGGGCUUUGUCGGUUUCCUGUCUGACAGUGUGUGUUAGCUCCCCGUUAGCAGGCGGCUAAUUCAUGUGGCACAUCGUGCAGCAGCAGCAGCAGCAGCAGGAGUGUUAGCCGAGCUAAGUGUAACGCUAAACGGCUCAAAGUCGGCCCCUGUCAGCCACUCUCUCCUCUCCGACUUUACUUUGACGCAGGGACAAAACUAUUUUAGCAAACCAACUGGAAGUGUCACGUCUUGCCAGGCUGUGUAAGCUAACCAACAGGAAUGAGAAUGGCAGUCACUUUACUCAAUAAGUGUUGAUAUUCAGCGGUUUAUCAGCAGAUUGUUAGAUUGGUCAUUGUUUGUAGUACUCGGCAUGUGUCUUAAGUUUCAUCUUCUUAACAUUGUAUAAUAAUAGAGGAUUAAGGUUUGCCCUGAAUCCUCUCAGCUCGAGUAACACGAGACAGCGUUAGCUUAAGUUGCUACCAACUUUAGCAACACAAAGAUGAAAUCAUAUGAGAUGAUGACUCAACUCCGAUGAGCCAGGCCUGGGAGAUUCCACUUGAGAGCGUUGGCAGUGUUGUGUCAUUCCUCCAUUCUAUGUUAUUAUCCAUGUUUACCUGGCUGUUGUCUCUGGAUUUGUCCAGAGCCUCAAAAUAUUCACUCAGGGAAUGUGCUGGGAGAGGCCCCUUCAAUUGUUCUGGUCUCUGACAUAUGGACAAUUGGGAUGAUGAAGAUGAAGAAGAGGAGAAAAAAGUAGAGGUUAAGAAAACUGAACCAAAGGUUUCAGAAAAAAAGAAGCUGAGCGAGAAAAUCAAAGAGAAAGAAAACAGGUUAAGGAAAAAGCAACAGGAACAAGAAGACAUGCGUCAAAAUGAAGCAGAGCUUACCCCUGAGGAAUUGAUAGCAGAGAAGUUGAGAGUGAAGAAGCUACAGGAAGAAUCCGAUAUGGAGCUUGCGAAAGAUGCUUUUGGUAUUACUACUACUACCACUACUAGUAACAGUGUCACUGGCAUUGAUGCCAUGUGUCCAUCUUCCAGAGAAGACUUUACAGAGUUUGAAAAACUGUUGAAAGAUAAAAUAACCCAAUUUGAAAAAUCAGUACAUUAUUCAAGUUUCUUGGAUUCAUUGUUUCGGGAACUCUGUAUUUCAUUGGAAGUAGAAGAUUUGAAAAAAGUCAGUAAUUCCCUGUCAGCUCUACUUAGUGAGAAACAGAAACAAGAAAAGCAAAACAAAGGAAAGAAGAAGAAGAAGGGUGUAGUCGCAGGAGGUGGAGGCUUCAAAGCAAAGAUGAAAGAUGACCUCGAUUAUGGAGGUUUUGAAGAAGACUAUGACGACUUCAUGUGACACUGGCUCCUCCGCCGCUUCCCUCUCCCUCUCAACCCUCGGAAACGCAGCUGUACCUUCUCAUGCUGUCCAGUGCCAUCCUGGAAAAAAUCUGAACUAUGUGUUGCUCCCCUUAAGUUUGCUUCAGAGACCAGAGGGACUAUACCAGGGAGCAGCCAGUUUUCACUAUUUUACGUUCAUACAUAUUGAAUUGCCUUUUCUCUGUUCUCAUUCAGCCUUGGCUCUAACAUCUUAUAAUCAUGUAGUUUCUGUUGGGUGACCCAGCUUCAGAGAAGAAAGCAUUUUGAAAACUGCUGUCGUUUGAUAUUUCUCGGGGCUCUUUAUGUUAAUUGUUGCUCCUGAUGAUAAAAUGACAGACCCAGUAUUGCAGUUAGUGUAGAGACAUAGAAACAAAGGUUCUAUGCAAAUCCUAUACCAGAAUGUCGUGUAUAUUUUAUAGGUCUGAAAAGUCUGACCAUACUGUGGAGGGAAAGUAUAUAGUAUCUAUAACUUUUGCCAAAUGAAGAGCUUAUCUGUGCACAGUUCAUCUCUGGGCAGGUUGCACUACAGGCAAAAUUAACUUAUAAUACUUUAAAAGAACGACAUUUGUUUGGAAAGGGACAUACAACAAAGUAUCAUUUUAAAAAACUUCAGCACCUCACAGCCAUUCUCUUGAUACACCUCUGGAAUAUUGUGGAAAUUGGCGCGCUUAUAGGUCUUAUUUGUGCAUAAUAAACAUUUACUAAUUUGAUUUAUACUAAUGCAAAAAAAAGAUCAGGCAAGUAGAUUUAACUUGCUAAAACUGGUCUUCUAAUUGCUUCGGUAGGCUUGUAUCAAGUAAGAAGAAAUGUGAGGACUUAUGGGCUUCACACCAACAUGGCUUCAUUUGGGCUACAGUUAGUUGAAAAGGGGCAUUUUCCUUUUUUCUAGCAAUGGACAAAGUGUCAAUGUUUAAACAGACAAUAGGAUGAAUACAAUGUGGAAAAUACAGCAUCUGCAGUGUUUUAUAAGCAUCUAAUUUAAUAAAUCACUGAUCAAAAGGA